AUGCAGCUCGUUGAGGAUGAUGAAAUACCUAAAACAUUAAUCGCCAAAGGUUUAUCAGAGGCCAAAAUAGCUGAGGAAAAAAUGUUGCAUAGUUAUGAGAAGAAGUUGAUGGAGGAUGUAAAGAGAGUCCAUAAUGAGGAUGACCUACGAUUGAUCAGGGCAGCCAUAAGGGGAAUGGGUAAAGCUCUUGAUCAAGCCUUGGAUCGCAAACUUGUAGAAAUUGAUGAAUACGAAUUGCAACUUCAGCAGCAAGGCAAAGGUGAGGAGGCGGGUCUUGUGGAUCUAUAA